CAUUAUCAUUCCCGACAACCCCACUCCAUUGAAGGGAAUGGCUUUUAUGAACGUUUACUACUACGGCGCGCCCUACAAUCCCUUGCGAGGCCAACGAUCCCAUUCAUCAUUUGCUUCUCGGGUGGACCACCAUUACAAGCGCGUUUCUGACGCCAUAUUGAACGCCGUUUCUGAUCGAUAUCCCAUGAAAGUUGUUCAUUGUUCCCCGUAAUAUUCCCGAAAUUCAACAUUAUCGUACGCGCGCGCGCGCGAUAAGAUCGAUAGGAUCAUCGUGCGUGAGAAAUUAUCCGUGGAGUCGGAAGCUGCUCACAGCGAUUGAGAUCGCGAUGUCCUUCGCUAUCACGGCUGAGGGACGCGUAAUUGCCGAGAUAAUUAACGAGAAACUGUAAUCUCGUAGAUUCCACGAACGGGCGCUGCCCAUUCUUCGUUCAAGCGUUCCUAACCUUAAACAGAGUGAACUAGACGUGAACUGCGAAUAUGGGGAACAUGUGCAACGAUUGUAUGGCUAGAGUGCCAUACGCAACUCUCAUAGCAACUAUAAUGUGUUGCUUAGGAGUUGGAAUCUUCUGUGGUACCAUGUACAGAGGUGCAACAUUGUGCGCUCUUAUGAUGGAUCAGGUGUUUCAUCUUCAUCUUGGAUGGCUGGAAGCGGUGCAGUUGGUAUUUGCAUCGAUUGGAGCUUGCAUGGCAGCUCUAGGAUUUAUGAUUUUGUGCGUCGGUUGUCUUGCAACUGGUGCUACAAGGCACAAAGUCUAUCGAGCAUGGAGAUCUAGAGUGGGUGGACGUAUCUCCUGUGCUGUUUUUAUGACUAUCAUUUAUAUCUUGCAAAUAGCUUGGCUUCUGAUAUUUGCAUUUCUUACUAUCAUUACGCUGAUAUUCACUAUAUUCUGGGGCCUGUGCAGCAAUCCACGUGUUCAAUCUCUUGAUGACUGUAUUAAUUUCACUCAAUUCAAUUUCCUUUUUCCAAACAAUACACGGGUGCAGGAUAUGCAAGUGUGUGGAUCUCAGGAAGUCAAACUAUUCUGCAAGGACUUUGUGGAAAAGGCUGAAGUGAUGUUCAUCCUGGCGACUGCAGCGUCCAUGCUGGUUAUCCUAAGCCUAAUACACUACCUGAUGUGCUUAUCCGCUAAUUAUGCGCACAUUCGGGAUCACGAGAAGUUCCAAGAGUUGCAGGAAAUACAAUAUCUGCAAGAUGCAAUCGAUACGGAUUCUCCUCAACCAGGAAUGGGUACUCUGGGUUCUCAUCGUGGCAAAGACAGGUUCUAGGACACGGCCCGCGAGAUCUUCGUCAUGAAUCCUUUGUAAGGAUUCCUAAAGGAUUAUUGUUCACUGGGACAUGUAGGAAAUCCUUACGCCCGAUUGGAAAUCUCUUCCAGGUAUCACUUCCUCUUCUCUAUGUACCUAAAUUCGGUAUUCUGCUCAUUGCGGUGCAUCUAUCGCCGUUACGGUAGUUUACUGAUCUGAAGAUCUUGCGGGAACCAAUUCUAUGCCGUCCAUUUUAUCUGUCGUAUAUAAACAUUUACUUCGUUUUAUAAAAAGAUGUUUAUUAGAAUACGUACUAAUAGUACGUAAUAUUUUCAUCUUUAGCCCGAUUCAAAUCAGGCUUAUUCGCAGAGUUUCGAUCUAGAAUGUAAAUUAUAUGUUUACGACAAUUCGUAAACUCAUAGGAAAAAGUAUUUGAAAUAUGGCCUGUGCGUGAAACGCACAUGAUUACAACACAUAGAGAUUGUUUUUUUCUUCGAUUAUAUUAUUAUAUUGUGUUUCGAUAUAUGCACGCGUACGUUGCGUAUAAUUUUUCUAAUAGUAUCAUAUUAGGUUGAUAUUAAAUUCAUAUGAUAAAAUGUUUGUCGAACAUAUUGAUUGAGUAUUAGAUAGAGAAUUAUUAGAUAGAAAUUUUCUUGAUGAAGAAAAUUGUGAAAUGAAAUUCUUGAUGGAAACUUUCUUUAUUCGAUAGUUGCUACGCCGACAAACUCGUUAUAUGAUAAAUAUAAUAUCAUCCUUGGAAAAGUAUUUACGAUUUGAAAUAAUUGUCGGUCUAUUUUCGGCAUUAGAAUUAGUCAUUCUCGGACUGUCGCGCAUUCUUUUACUGAGAUUUUUUUACGAAAGGAGAUUUCUUUUUUAUAUACAUAUAUACAUUUAUAUAGUAAGUAACUAAACAUGUAUUUUCGUUACAUUCCAGAUUUAAAGCAUGUUAGAAAAAUUCUAACUAACAGAAUAAUGAUAAAAAAGAUAACUUUCUUAUCUUUAUAUUAGAAAUAUACCAAGAGUUGUUGAAAAAAUCUUUUUCAGUCGAAAAUUAUAAAAUAAUGACUGCAUAUAUUGCAAUAUUACUCUAAAUGAUUACUGAUUAAACUUUCAGUGAAUAUUUUUCCAACAUGCUUGUUGAAGUAUAUUUACUUUGUGGAAUUUACAUUGUGGAAAAAGAGAAUUUUUGUUUUUCAUAUUAAGUAGCUUUUCAUAGAAGUUAAAUGUUAAAGAAAUGUAAGUAAUAUUGCAUAUGUAUGAAAGAAUAUCUAUAUUCAUAGAGAAUAUCUCUAUUUCUUGUAUA